UAAUUAUUUUUUUAUUAUCAGUGCUGAUGUGCAUGGCAUCAUAGGUUGCCAAACCUACUUCCUCCAAAUAGUCCCAACCUUUGAACCAGCGUCCAAAGUUUCACGAACAUGUUGAUUAAUGCUCUAUAAAAGAACAUUCACUAGAUUAGAUAAUAAAYCAAUUAACAAAUGUUUAAUCAAAAAAUGUUAUGCCUGAAUAUAAAACAGUGCAUUUAUUUUUAAUUCACCCGGAACGUAAAGCCAACUGACCAAUCAGUGCCGACGAAGGAGUGCCCGUGACGUCACGGGUCACGGGGCACAKCAUCAGAGGACCGCCAUAUUGGGCUCGAUAUUGCUUUAUUUGGUGCGAAGAGUACAACCUAAAAAGGCGAGCUUCAUAACCGUGCUGUGACUCCAUAAAAGGCAAUAGUACUAUUCCAUAUACAGCACAAACAACAUGCAGAGCGAGGAGAGUAACAACACUGCAGAAUCACUGGAAAACUUGCAAUAUUCAAACCCUUCUCAAGUUGUACUAGGAAGUGGACUUUCAGAGCAAAAUCGCGUCUUUGGACAGAACGAAAUGGGUGAGUUAAAAAGGCCUCUACCAAAUGACGACGAAGACGAUGAUUCCACUGGAACACCAGCAGAAACUAUAACUAAACCUGCCAAGAAAACCCGAGGAAGGGUCAARAUCGACAUGAAGUUUAUCUCAAAUAAACUUCGGAGAUACACGACUUUCAGCAAGAGAAAAACAGGAAUAAUGAAAAAGGCCUACGAACUCAGCACGUUAACAGGAACUCAAGUUAUGCUUCUUGUAGCUUCCGAAACUGGCCAUGUCUACACGUUUGCAACUCGCAAACUCCAACCAAUGAUCACAUCAGAGAGUGGWAAAGCAUUAAUUCAAACGUGCUUAAAUUCUCCUGAUCCUCCAGUUUCUCAAAUACCAAAUCCAGACCAGAGAAUGUCGGCAACAGGCUACGAGGAAACGGAUUUAACUUACACUGUGAGCGAGAACGACGGAGAAAAGGACAGAGGUGGUAUUUACACCACACAGCAAAUCGACAGUGGACACCAACUUGGUUUAGCCAACACAAUGACAGGAAUAACAGCCAUGUCAGCAUCAGGACAUUCAUUUCCUAUAACUACCUAYAUUCCCCAGCAACAGUCAAGCAAAUCAUCCACCAAUGCUUCAUCAUACUCUGUUCAAACUAUGCCUGGUGGGGCUUUCACAACWAUAUUCACUCCUGGRUCUAACAUYGGAGGAUCGUCAGUACAAAUACCUCAGUCUGGUCAAGGGAAUCAGCAGCAUGGAGUACAGUUGUUAGCCCAUCAAGUACAGCUUCAACGAGGCCAGCAAACAACCGCCAGCCAAGGUCACUCAACAUCCACCAUCACUACAGUCCAGAUAGGAAGUGAUGGUCAAAUUCAAAAUACACAAGAGCAAGCUGUUGACCAGUCAACAGGAGCAACUACCAACAUCCAGUCACUGGGGACUYUAAUGGUUCCCAUAGCAACACAUCAGGCCGAGGGUACCCAAGUGGUAUCUCUAGCGGGCGUGGUACCAUCGUCAAUGAUGCURACAACUCAAGCUGGUGGACAAAUUCCAGUGAUGUACUACGCUGGCCCGUCAUCAGGACUAGUGUCACAGCUUGGUGAAAACGACCAAUCAACUGUACAGAACCACCUACAAAAUGACGGAUCUGAAGUCUCACAGGCACUAACAGGGACAUUGUCGCUGCAUGUACAGAAUGAAAUGACGUCAAAUUAUCAUGGCCAAAAUGUAGUGACUGAGAGCAGUGGGACUCAGACCCCUGAUGAGGUYCACAAUGUUAUUAAUGAGUCGUCUAUGAAUGAUGCUUCGCCCAAACAUGAAAUUAAUGAUAACGAUGGUCACAAUGAUGUGUAAUGUUCUGCACGUUUUGAAAAAUGUUGUCCGGUUGAAAAUAUCAAUUUUAACAAUAUUGACUGGUUUUUGASUCUAGAUGUAUAUAAUUAUGCUACUAGUUAGUUAUGCAUUUAUUUUGUGUUGGGAGUAGCAAGUCAGCACUUUGAAGUUUGAGAAGAAUAGACUAGUGCAAUACAARCCUCUGGGGAAACAAAAACAAAAUUUUGUCUUAUCUUAAACUUGUUUUCUCUUUUGUACUUGGUUAGUUCAUUCAUAUAUGAUAUGUGAGCUAUUGUCGUCACUUGGCUUUCAAACUUUCAAUUGUUGAUUCAAUUUGCAGCACUUUUAUUGAGAUUGUCAACCAUUUUCAUGACAUGAAUUAUUAUUCAUACCAUUUUGAAUGGAAAAUAUUAUGGAAUGAAGUGGUUAUAAAAACUUACAAUAUUAUGUAUUUAGGAAAUAGUAUAAAUACUCUAAGUUUCUUGGUAAUCCUUUUAUGCWUGUAACAAUGAAUAUAUUUUGUAUAUAAACAAAGAUAAAGAUGGCGAUAUUCAACACCAUUUAAAAUGUAAACAAUUAGAGAUUUCAUGUGUUUUUACACUAUACCUACUACUAGCAAGAAAAAAUAAAAGCUACUUUAUAAAUCAA